UCAAUAUUACGUUUUCUCGCUGACAAAGGCAAAUUAAGCCAUGCUUUUUGCUUGCAAACAAGUAACAUUUAACGCCUCAGAUCUGGAACUCCGCGCUGUCGCCAUUUUCAGGAGGCCGUCCUGCGCUGGGGUUUCACGGAUUGAAAUCUGGAUAUUAAAGGCUACGGGACUAGAAUCAGAUUGUAUUCGAGCUGUAACGGAGGACAUCGUCCACCAAACUACUUGACAACCGUCCACCAAACUACUUGACAACGAACCGAACUCACUCAAAACAAAAGCAAGACGUACAGAGAAAAUACUAAGGAAAUAUUCAGUGAUUCAGAAAAUGAGUUUCGGGGCGAGCUCCUGAAUCAGCGUUGGACUCGAGGCGAGAGGACCAGCCGCUGCCAGCCCACACAGAGGCUGCAGAGUAGACCAAUCAAAAUGAGUGUGGAGAGUGAUGACACGCGAAGCACACGCACACGCUCCAAGGGAAUCAGAGUUCCCACCGAGCUCAUUGGACAAGAGCUGAGUGUGCUGGGCUGCCCAUUGGUCAGGAAGAGACGUCUGGCGGAUGCUGAGGCAGAGCAGGAGCAGCCAUCUUCUAAAAGGAAGUCCCACCCUCUAAAGCUGGCCAUGGAUGAGGGCUUCAGCGUGGACAGUGAUGGGAACAGCGAGGAGGAGGUGGAGGAGGGAGUGGAUGACAGAGAGGAUGAUGGUAACUAA